AUGGGCAAGAGGAACAAAGGGCGGGGCGGACAGCGGAACCAGCAGCCCGCUCAGCAACGCCAGGUGCUGCCGCAGCCGCAGUGUCAGCAGCAGGCGCAGCAAGGGGAGGCGGACGGAAAGGCGGAGGAUGGGAAGAGGGAGGAUUCCGCGAGCGGCGCUGCGCAGAACGCGUCGCAGCAGCAAGGCUGCGGUGAAGAUGGGGUUGUGGCGGCCGUGCUAGUCCCUGUUGAAGCCAACUCGCCAAGCAACGUGCCCGUGGCAGCAGCUCUCCGGGGGUGCAACGAGGAGGGCAUGGGGGGUGAAGACGCGGUGGCGGGGGGCAGUGGUGGUGAGGGAGUGAUGGAGGGCGUGGCCACCAUGGCGGCACAGCAAGCAGCGGUGGCAGCCAGAGAGGCAGCCGCGGGGGAGAGGGAGGAAGGGGUGACGCAGAGGGAGGAGCGAGUGAGGGCGAGGGAGGAGAGGGUGAAGGAGAGGGAGGAGAAAGUGAGGGUGCGGGAGGAGAAGGUGAGGGCGCAAGAGGUGGAGUGGCAGAAGCAGAGAGGCACGGCUGCUGUGGCUGCCACGAUUUCUGGUGGCGGAAAAGUGGCUUCACAGGCGAAGAUGGCUGAUCUGUGCCGCAGGGAGAAGCAGCUACAGGCAAACCAGGCAGCGGUGGCGGCGCAGCAGAGGCAGGUGUUUGAGGUGGAGCGGGAGCUGGCGGGGCGGGAGAGGGCUCUGCAGCAGGCCUGGGCUCAGCACCGCCUGCACCUGCAGACCAUUGGGUGGACUGCGGCACAAGGGGGCGGGGCGCAGGGGCAGGCGCAGGGGCAGGGGCAGGGGCAGGGGCAGGGGCAGGGGCAGGGGCAAGGGCAGGGGCAGGGGCAGGGGCAGGGGCAGGGGCAGGGGCAGGGGGGACAGGGAUUGCAACAAGAGAAGGAACAAGGGGGCGAAGUAACGGUUGUAGGUGCGCCUGUGGCUGCUGGCUCGACUGGAAGGAAAGGGGAAGGGGGAGGAGGUGAUGGGGCAUCGGAUGUGGGAAGGCAGAAGAGCAGUGAGGGGCUUGUGGGACUGCAAGAGGGGGGAGGCAGUGGAGGGGACAGGGAUGUGGGUGCAGGGAGUGGUGAUUUGAGCUUAGAUGAUGCUGACGGUGCUUUUGCUGCUACUAGUGCUGCUGGUGUUGCUGGUGCUGCUGGUGCUGCUGGUGCUGCUGGUGGUACUGGUGCUGCUGGUGGUACUGGUGCUGCUGAUGCUGCUGGUGCUGCUGGUGCUGCCAGUGCUGCUGGCUUGGAGGGGGGCGGGGAGGGAGGGGCGAGAGCAGAGAUGGUGGGGGCAAGAGAGGGGAAGUCGGGAAGGGAGGGGGAAAAGGUGGAGGAGAGGCGAGGGUUGGCUGGGAAAGGGGAGCAGCAGGUGGGAAAAAAAGGGACAGAAAUGGAGGGGGAAGAUGAUGCAGGUGGUGCUGCGGAGGAAAGAGACGAGGAGCAGCAAAAGGUUGAGGAGGUUGGCAUGGAGUCAGACGCAGGAGGAGGGAGGGAUGCAGUGAGGGAUGGCAAUGAGGGUGUGGGAGGCCCCAGGGGGGCCGCAGAGGCAGAGAAAGAAAUAGAGGAGGAGAUGAGGUUGGGAGGUCAGGAUAGGGCUGUGACGGGGGGUGGAGGAGCGGUGCAAGAGAAGGGGUCUAAAGAGGGGGCGAUGGAGGGAGAGGGGAGGGACGGAAACGAGGCACGGGUUUUUGUGAACGUGAGAGAGGAGGCUGAGGGAGGAGGCGAGGGGGAGCAGCAGGGAGAGGAAGAGGUGUUGCGAGAGGGGAACAGGGGGAGAGGGGGGGUUGGGUCAUGGGGACAAGGGGGAGCAGAGGUUUGGGGAACUGGACAAGGAUUGGACAGGGAAGGAAGGGAAGGGGGAGAAUGGGGAUUGGGAAAGGGAGUAUCGAACAGAGUAAAAGAGGAGAGAUGGGCGGAGGGAGAGAAGGCCGAGUUGAGAGAAAGAUUUGAGGAGGGAUGGGGUGGGGGAGGGGAAGGUGCAUGGGGAAGCGAACAAGAGGAGGAAUUAGGAGGUGAGAGAAAAAGAUGGAGAGGGGAAGGAGGAGGAUGGGGAGUGGAUGGGGAGGGGAUGUCAGGAGGAGCGAGCGAGAGUGGAUGGGGGCGAGGAGGUGGGGAGAAUCAGUGGGGCAGGGAAGGGAGCGAAGAGGGAUGGGCAAGGGGGUAUGGUUCGUGUGCACAGGGGAGGUCAGGAUGGGGCAUGGGGGAGAGUAGUUUGGCUCAGGGGAGGGGUGAGGAGCAGCAGAAGGGGGAGCAGCAGAAGGGGGAGCAGCAGAAGGGGGAGCAGCAGAAGGGGGAGCAGCAGGGCGAGGAUGGGUGGGAGGGGGGUGCGGACGCGGGAAGGCCAGGGGAGAAUGGGAGGAAGAAGAGGAGGGCCAAGGCGAAGAGGCAGAGGCAGGAGCAGCUGCUCACGUGUGGACUCAACUGGGGUCGUGCAAGCGCAAGCGGGCAAGGCGAGGUGUUCACGGGGGGUCAUGCUCCCGGCCCUCCUCCUCCUGCUCCUGACGCUCCCCCUCCUGCUCCUGGCGCUGCUGAUAAUUCCCCCCUUGCGCUGCCAGCUCCCCUUCCUGCAGCAUCAGUGUUGCCAGUUGGCCGUGCGAGGGACGCGGGAGAGGGGGAAGGAGCAAGGGCGGAGUCAUGUGGGCAGGCGGGAGGGCACCAAGUUGGGGGGGGUCAGAGGAGGCCGAAGCAGGAGGAGGAGGAGUGGGAAGGGUUGGGAAUGGGCGUGCAGGGUGAUGGUGAUACUGGGAGCAUGCUGCUGAACUAUAGUGCUGCUGCUGAGCCAGGAGCCUCUGGACCAGCAGCAGCAACAACGGGAGCAGAAGUGAAGGUCGAAGCAGUGGUGACUGCAGAAGCAGGCACAGCACAGGCAGCAGCAGCAGAGGCAGGUGCAGACGUGGCAGCAGGUGUGGGGACGGGCGCGCAAGAGUGCAGGGUGGCAGUGAAAAUGGAGGCAGUGGGUGGAGAUGCAGAGAUGCAGGGAGGAGGCCGUGAGGGCUGGACGUGGGAUGGGUGUGGUGGAGGUGUGGCGGGAACAAGGCAAGGAUUGGGAGGUGCGAUGGAUGAAGGACAAGGGGGCUAUGACGAACAGAAGCAGGAUCAGGGGCAGGGGCAGGGGCAGGGGCAGGAACAGGGACAGGGGAAGGGGGCAGCGUGGAGAAGGAAGCAGAAGAGAAAGAGGAAGGCAGCUGCCAAGGCAGCAGCAGCGGAAGCAGGGACGAGCGAGGCCAAGGAGGCAAAGAGCCACGGCACAGCAGCGGAAGCGCUGGAGUCAGACGCACCGGGGCUGCUGCAGGUGCUGCAGCAGAGGGGGCUGCUGCGCGGCAUCCAGCUCUUCGACCUCGCCUUCAUGCGCUCAGCAGGAACAGCAGGACCACCAGAAGCAGCAGCAACCGGCGGCAGUGAGGAGCAGCCGCACACUGCCCCCCACGCUGGUCUCCUCCCCUCUCAGAGGGGCGAGCUGGGGGACGGGGUCGGUGGGGCUGAUGUCAGCUGUGGCAACGGGAUGGCGGGGCAGAGGGGGGAGAUGGGGGUGGAUGGGGUGGAUAGGGUGGAUGGCGAGGGGCAGGCAGGGUGUAAGAUGGAGUGGGAUGAGGGAGGGGUGGGUGCUGGGCCUGGCGUUUGGACAGAGCUUGAGUGCACGCACUCUGGUGAUGCUGUGGCAAUGCCUCAAGCAGAAGCAGCAGCAGCAGGAGGAGGAUCAGGAGCAGGAGAAGCAGCAUCAGCGCCAGUGGCAGUGCCCUCUGACUUCUCCGACCUGCAGAGGAUUCUGUCCCGGCUCUACUCGCACACGUGGGAGCGCCUGCCAGGGCAGGUGGCGGGGGUAGGGGGCGGAGCAGGAGCAUGGAAUCGGCCAGCGUACUGCGUGGAGAACCUCGUCGCUCUCAUCACCCAGGCGCACGCGGUGCAGCAGGCGGGGUGGCAGGUGUCGUGGGGCUGGUGUGGGGCCAUCCGCUGCUUCCUCUUUGUCUUCCCAGACCACAACAGGAUCAUAUUGGAGGCGCCAGAGUACGGCAAGGCGACCUACUUCUUUGAGCUGGAAGCGGGGGUGGCGGUGCGCUGGCAGCUGCAGCGCCUGCUCGCUGUCUUUGGCGCCGCCUCUGUGUCGCGCAUCGACGUCAUCACCAACCUGCCUCUUGAGAAUGAUAAAAAGCGUCUCUUCCUUUCUUCCCGCCAGGUGGGAGUGGACCUAUCGGAGGAGGAGGCGGGGCGGUUGGAGCGGUACGGGUGGGUGCGGGGCACGGGCAUCGGCGAGCUCCUCAACUUCUGCCACCGCCUCCGCCACGACUACUCCUUCCCUGGCCCCGAGCCUGCGAGCAGAGUGGAGGCAGCAGGGUGGGUGCAGAGCAUAGAGGAGUGGAAGAGGCGCAUUGCCCUGCGGCUGAGGGAGGGGCGGCAGCAGGGCCGGUGCUCCCGCCUGCACCGCUACUGCCAGCAGCGUGCCUCACAGCACACUCAUGCUCUCAAAAGUGGUCUGCACAAUGGUCUGCAGGCCGAUGGGCACGGGGUGUUUGAUGCGAGCAGAGGGCCUGUUGGGGCUGCCGUGAUGCCGUCAACUCAGAAGUUCCCGGAAACUGCUGUAGCAGCUGGAGUCACUCCUAUGGCUGCCCCACUGCAGCAGAUUGACUGUGAUCUUGCUCAACACUCGCUGCAGCAUGAGAAGCAGCAGCGGCAACAGCAAGCGCAAAACCCGCAGCAGCAGCAGCAGCAGCAGCAGCAAGCGCAAAAACAGCAGCAGCAGGGUGCAGUGAAAGAGGAGGAUUCUGAUGACGACCUUCCCUUGCAGGCCCUUGUGCGGCAACACCAGCAGAAAAAGACAAGGCGCGAGCAGACGCAGCAGCAAGGGCAGAAGAAGGUUGAUGGGAGGCAGGAAGGGAAAGAACAAGAAUGUGAUGCUGCAGGCAAGAAUACUGGAAGCAGGGGUGCAUUGGGGAGCACAGGAGGUGCCUGUAAGCACCAAGGACUGCUGUUGCAGAGGCCGAGUGAGAGUGCAGCAGAUGGUGCUACAGUGACCCCUGCAGUUGCUGCCACGACUGCAGCAAUAGGUGCUGUGGUGCACGUGAUAGGGACCUCAGUUCACAGUGUGACAGGCAGUGCUGCAGGUGCAGACAGCAAAAGCAAUGUGUUGUGCCAGAGGACGGAAGAGGCUGGAGACGAAGAGGGCGUUGACGCCGCCCGCGAGGAGGCACAGGGGCUGCUUAUAGCGGGAAUGGAGGCAUGGGAAGGGGUGGAUGCAAGGGGUCCUCUGGACGAGUGGGUGGAGGAGGAGGAGGAGGAGGAGGGAGUGAUGGGUGGAGAGGUGGAAAUGGCAGGUGAAGGAGAAAUGGGAGAGGGCGGUGGGGAGAUGGAGGGGCUGGCGAUGCAGGCUGGGAUGUGUAUGGCAGCAAAUGUCGUGGUUUGA